GCUUUUCAGAUUAGAUUGCUUGCUUAAAAGUGAUACGAUUGCACCUGUUAGCGAGCCCAGCAAACUGUUACAAGGGUCAACUUCUUUUGGUCCUUUGAGCUCAAAUAAUAAAGCAAGUGAUUAAGUUCCCAACUUAUAUCUUUCACACAACUACAGCGCCAACCGUGAUAACUGUGACACCAUGGACAUCCAAUUCCAGAUUCGUCAGAACGCGAUGGAAAUGCAGGAGUACAUGAAGGACCUCUUCGAUUGGCAGAAAUCCAUUAAGAAAAAAGAACGAGCGUUAGCAGCCUCUGGUGGAGCUGAUCAAGCCACCGCACCAGCACCAAGGGGCCGCGCCAGCGGAGCCGUGGCACCUGCUCCAGCGGAGCUCAUGCAGCCAGCGCUAGGCCCCAAGGCCGCAAGCUCAACUCCGAAACCAAAGCCAGCUACCUCAUCUUCCAGCAAGCAGGGCGCGAAGGAACCCAUCGCGAAAACUGCCGCGGCACACACCUACUCCUCCUACCAGAAGUGGGAUAAGUUCGAUGUGGACGCCGCGCUCGCAUCAGACGACGAUGAGAAUGCCGCUGCCAGAUCCCCCAGCAGCUCUAGCAGCAGCCGACAAAAGUCCACCAAAGCCGCUUCCACUGCCAGCCCUGCUGGUGCCGCCAACAAGCCAAGUAGCACAACCACCACCACCAACAACAGCAGUACCGCCACUGCCACCACCGCUUCAACCGCUACGCGCACACCCCAACCACCCGCAGCAGCAUCCUCUCCCGCCGCUCCUGCUGCUGCUGCUCCUCCUCCUCCCGGCAUCACCCUCACCGCCCACGACCCCUCCCAGCCUCAGGGUGACGACCUGCUGCGACCCGUCGCCACCACUCGCACAAACGCCCCCAAGAGCGUUCCCACUGCACCCCCUGCUACCACCGCAGGAGCAGCAGCAGCCGGCGCUGCCGCUGCUGCUGCCGCUGCUGCUUCAGCAACCACCACCACCACCACGGCUGCUUCACCCACCGGCCACGCAGCAGCAGCAGCAGCGCCGCUGCCGCCCAUUCGCAACAGCCAGCCCACCACCGCGGAUGCCUGGAGGGCCCGCGGCAACGACCUGUUCAAAGCCGGCGAGUACGACAGCGCGUUCGAGUGCUACAGCCGCUCGGUGGAGCUGCAGCCCACGUGUCUGGGGCAUGCGAACCGGGCCAUGGCGUUGCUGAAACUCGGCAGGUGGCAGGACGCUGUCGCCGACUGUACGGCAGCCAUCUGCCUGGACCCCGCCUACGUCAAGGCCUACCAGCGCCGUGCAGCAGCCCACCGGCAGCUGGGGUCGGCGCUGCAGGCGGCUCGAGACUGGGAAGCGGCGUUGCGGCUGGAGCCGGAGAACCGUGCCUCCGCAGCGGACCGGGAUGCGGCCCUGGAGGCGCUGUGGGAGGAGC